AUGUUUCCUGAUGUGAGGAAAUACUGUGAAGAGAAUGAGCUUGAACCUCACACUUACUUUGAUACUGCAUUUUGUGUUCGCCGUGGCUUUUUAGAGAAAGUCGUCCUAUCUUCAAGUCCUAGCAAAGCUAAUUGUAUGGUUGCUGCCAUCUGUGGUAGAAAAUGUAACUAUUUGGCCUACUGCAAACUUGGAGAUGAAAGCUGGACAUGCAUUACCAAAGGUAUGACGAUGGGAUAUGAUGAUGCCAUUUUUUAUCAUGAACAAAAGUUAUUAUAUGCUGUGACAUUCACAAGUCAUGUGCACGUGUUCGAUUUGUUUGCUUCUGCAAAACUGAUUGAUACUACAGAACCACCAUUAUCUCAAAUAAAAAGGAAUCUGCUAAACCGUUGCUUGGUCAAGACUUCAAUGGGACUGUUCCAGGUUCAACGACAUGUGAGCGUGAAGAGUGAAUGGGAAGACCAAACUUAUGAUUUUCAUCGAACAAGCUUCUUCAACUUAUAUAUGUUUGAACCUAGUAGUCGAAGUUGGUGCAAGGUGGAAAAUAUCGGUGAAAAUGUGUUUUUUUUGGGACAAAAUUCAUCAAUUUCAAUAGCUUCUUCUUGUCUUCAUGGAUAUAAAGGGAAUCAUAUUUAUUUUAUAGAUCAUCUUCUAGUUUGCGAUAUGGUUCGUGUUCGAGGGGGCCGUUAUGACAUUGGUGUCUACAACUUGGAUAGUACAAGUGUACACAUUAAUCUCUAUCAUGCAGGUAGAGAAGAAGAAUUAUCGCUUCACGAGACAAAUAUUACUGUAGGAGCACUUAAGCUCGCUGAGAACACUGCAAGGGAUGCCAACGUUAAUUUCACUUGA